AUGUUUAUGUUUUUUCAUUUCUCAGAUCUUCUCUGCCGAUGCCGACUCUCUGUAACUCUCAUCGCUGAUUCUUCUCUGAGCUCGUUCGUCCACCAUCUCCGUUCUCCGUUCUUCGUUCUCCGUUCUCCGUUCUCCGUUCGUCGCUUCAACUCAAGGUGCUGCUACGUGCUCAUUUUGAGAAGUUUCUUUCUUUUGAUCUAUGUGUUCAGUGCUGCUACAAACUCAGAGACUCAGAGAUUAAGCUUCUCAAAAUCAAAAUUAUCUUCUUCUUCUGAAUUUCAAGGAGAUUUAAGGGUUUCCAAGACGAUUUCUGGGUUUGUCUUACCUUUCCCCUGUUUUGGUUGCAAAAUUAAAUGGAAUGGGACAGUGGAGAUGAGGUGGCUGAUGAGGGAUGGUACGGCGGACACAGUGGACCGAUUCAGUUUCCGGCGAGUAGUUCAUGAACGACGUCAUUUAGGACCAGAUGGUUUCUCCGGUUUCACUGCGCUUUCAAAUGGAGAUCCAUUGAGAGAUUCCACCAAGGAAGAAGAAUACGGUGUGUUUCCGGUGAUGGAGAGGAGGAGGAAAAGGAGUGGUGUGGAGAGAAUCGAUGAAGCUGAUGAUGAGAUUUAUAACUGUAACAGUGAGAAGAUUCACAUUGCUAACAGACUGAAAGCUUAA